AUGGGAAAUGGACUUUUAAAAGCUACAGACGACUUUUUCGAUUUUUUGAGGGAUUCCUAUCAAUUACCGAACGGUCUCAAAGCACCGUUGCCCGAAUAUGAUUUUAUCAUAGUCGGCGCAGGCUCAGCUGGUAGCGUAUUAGCAUCUAGACUAACUAAUAACAGAAAUACUACAGUAUUACUCUUAGAAGCAGGAAAGCCAGAAAUGCUCUUAACAGAUAUACCUGCCAUGGCACCAUACUUCCAAUCCACGGACUACACUUGGCAAUAUUAUAUGGAGCCACAGCCUGGUGUUUGUAUGGGUAUGAUAAACGAACGUUGCUUCUGGCCCAGAGGGAAAGCCGUUGGAGGUACUAGUGUCAUCAACUACAUGAUAUACACAAGAGGAAGACCACAAGACUGGGACAGGAUUGCUGCAGACGGCAAUUAUGGCUGGUCGUACAAUGAUGUUCUUAAGUAUUAUAUGAAAUCUGAGAGAGCUGAUCUGGACGGUUUAGAAAAUCAACCUUAUAGAAGUAGGACAGGGGACAUGCCAGUGACGUUGGUUCCAAAAAAAACAAAGCUAAUCAAAGCAUUUUUAGAAGCGGGAAGAAUUUUGGGACAUCCUACAGUAGACUACAAUUCGCCUCAUGAAUUAGGAUUCGGAUAUGUUCAAACUAAUAUCGAGAAAGGACAUCGUCAAAGUGCUGCCAAAGUGUUUCUUCAUACCCAUAAACGAAGACAAAAUCUACAUAUCAUGCAUUCAACAAUAGGAAGUAAAGUUCUUAUUGAUCCACAAACAAAAGCCGCUUAUGGAGUCGAAUUCAUACACAGGGGCGUUACAUACACCUCCCGUGUACGCAAAGAGGUUAUACUAUCAGCUGGACCUAUUGCUUCACCGCAACUAUUAAUGUUGUCUGGUGUGGGGCCGAACGAUCAUCUAACGUCGUUAAAUAUAUCAGUUAUCAAAGAUCUACCCGUAGGUCAAACCCUGUAUGAUCAUAUUUGUUUCCCUGCUGCAAUUUUUACAUUAAACGCGACGCAAGUGAGUCUUAGCGAAUCAAAAGCAUUAAGUAUCAGGAAAAUGUUUGACUGGCUAAGAGAUGGCGAUAACGAACUAUCUUCACCAGGUGCAGUAGAAGGAAUAGGUUAUAUUAAAACGCCUGUUUCUGACGAUCCAGAGCCUGUCCCGGAUAUCGAACUGAUUAGUAUUGGAGGUUCUAUUGUAGGCGACGGCGGGCCCGAUGGCAGUCGAGCAGUACGCAGAGGCAUGAGGAUUUCAGAUUCUGUUUUCAAUCAAGCCCUCGGCCCCAUCGAUAAUACAGACACGUGGAGCGCAUUUCCAAUGUUAUUACACCCUAAGUCUUUUGGCUACUUGGAAUUGAAAGACACUAAUCCUUUUAGUCAUCCUCGUAUGUACGGCAACUACUUGACUGAUCCGAAAGAUGCAGCUACUUUUGUUGCAGCUAUUCGACAUUUACAAGCGUUAACGGCGACAGAACCGUUCCAAAAGUUUGGUGCUCAGAUAUAUAGAGCUGAUUAUCCGAAAUGUCGUGACAAGGCCUUUGAUUCUGAUGCCUAUUGGGAGUGCGCAGUGAGAACAAUCACCGCAUCUUUACACCAUCAAGUAGCAACAUGCCGUAUGGGACCUGCCGGAGACCCAAAAGCAGUAGUAGACCCUGAGCUACGUGUCUAUGGUAUAAAAAAUCUGCGUGUUGUUGACUCGAGUAUAAUACCAAGAACGAUAUCAGCUCAUACGCAUGCACCAGCAGUCAUGAUAGGCGAAAAGGCUGCUGAUAUGAUUAAGUACACAUGGAGUAUUUGA